AUGGCUACUGGACCAGGGCUCGCAAGAACUCCUCUAGAACUUCUUGAGAAUGAUGGUACAAGGGAACAACCGCUACUUUCUAAGUUCUUCGCCCCAGUAUGUUGGGGUACCAUCGGAUUUAUCAGUGUAGUUGUAGCAAACUAUGCUACCAAACGUCCCAUUUUCAGCGGAAUCCAGAAACAUAUAGGACUCUCGGCUGCCUUGGCAGGAAUUGGAACAUAUGUAGAUGGUUAUAGAAAUCAAUAUCUAGCUGACCGUGAUGCAAUUUAUCGUCACUAUAUUCAACUACAUCCAGAAGAUUUUCCACCUUUUGAACGGAAGAAGUUCAAAGAUCUCUUUGAAAAUUGGGUCCCAAUUCGUUAA